AUGGCAUCACCAGCUAAUGCUCAUUAUGAAAGGAAUCGUACGACUUGGUUUUUAACAGACCCGCGUCUUCGCGAAGAAUUCUUUUCGUUGCCGAGUCUUCAGCCUGUUAUAAUAGAAGAAGAUGAUAACAAUAAAAAGGAGAAAAAUGAAUCAAAGACUAAGGCGAGUCGAGCAAAAGAUCUCAAUGCAGCACCCAGAAAGUAUAAAAGACGAAAUACAAUAAAGAAGGAUAUUCCGAAUAGUGACAAGCAACAACCGCAGCCACCUCAGGUUACUAUCUUAGACAAUGAUGUACUAAAGAAGAAAAGAGCAUCAACUUCAAAAAUAUCAAAGACACCAAAUAAAGCUAAAAAGAAUAGCACAACGUUCAUCUCCGACUUACCCGAUCAACCAUUGGACGAUUCAUGGACACAAUCAGAUGAUCCUGGAAAAACGGACGAUAGUGAUGACAAAAGUAGAGUGACAGAUUUUUCUGUAGCAGCUGCGAUAACUUCUAUAAACUCAAAUUCUUCCACCGCUACUAUACACACCAGAAAGAAGUCCAAAUUAAAAAACGCCUCAAAAACAAGAACCCUAGUAAAACAGAGAAAAGUAUCAUUAAACAAAAAAGAAGUACUGAAAAAACUCAUACAGAAGAUGAAUGAUAAGAAACAACUUCGCAACGAUAGAAAAGAAGGCGACGAGGAAGGAAAAAAUUUCCCAGAAAACGGGUCUCUUGUCACUGAUGAAAAGGACAAGUCUAGUAUUAAACCUUUGGAGGAGACAAUUAUUAGUGAAUUACUCACAGAGGAACCCGAAGAAGAGACCUCUGCCACUAACCUUGACUCGCUUCACGAAAACGAGGAAGAGCAAUCUCAGCAGCAAUUGAGAAGUAGCAGUCGUAACAAGAACGAACGCCAGAAAAGUAGGGAUAAAACAAAUGAAAGUGAAGAGCAUGCCGCUGCGGAGAAAACAUUUACUGGAAAACAGAAAGACGUCGAUCAAGAAGACAAUGAAGAUGAAAACGUGGCUGUCCCCCCUCGACCAGUGCGAAGGACCAGGAGUCAAUAUAGUAACAAAGAGGCAUCGAUUUAUCAACGACCAAAGAUGGAAAAGCUGGAAAAAUCCUCGUCUAACCAUGCUUUCGUUGGAAGAGAAGUAGUUUUCGUUGAUCCACGUGAUAAAACUGAAAAAUUUUGGUGGCCCGCUAUGGUUGUUCCUCACGGUGAAGUAGAUGAAUCUAUGGGAUUUGAUGAGUUAGGACCCAACGAGGUCAUAGUAAAAUAUUUUGAGGAUUGCACAUAUUCUGCAGUACCAUUAAAAGAGAUCAAGAAAUUCGAUAUCCAUACAGAUCCAUUUCUUAAAUACAAACAAAAAUAUGGCGCCGAAUUUAUCAAUCAUGUAGGCGUGCAAAACGCAGUCCAAUGCAUAGCAAAUGGUGAGCCGGACAAAGAAUUCAAAUGGGAUUACUGGAUGAGACCUGCGGAUACGUCAAAUAUCCCGGCAACAAACACAAAUAAUCAUUCCAUUUCUAAUAAUGCGGAUGCAAUUGACAGUGGUAACCUGGUGACUACUCGUAAAUCUACGCGUUCACGAAAAGGAAAAGAACGUAGUGAUACUUAUGAAGUUGGAUCCACGAAGACGAAAACUGAACCGAAGGCGAUUUCGAAAUCUACGCGCAGAAAAUUACCUUUCGUGUCUUCUAGUACUGCUGCUAUUGCUACUAGGAAAGGGGGAACAUCGUCGACAUUAGUAAAAGAAAAAGUAGCAACCUAUACUGGAGCGACACCAGCCGGCAAACAUCAAAAAACAAGUCGCAGGACAGCAUCACGGAAACAAAGUAUUUCAUCUAGUAGAUCUGCCGAUUUGGGAGAUAUAAUUGAGGAUGCAGUAAUGCCGGAUAAACACUCCACGGUCGAUGAUAUUGCUUCAAAGAAAAAGGCAACCACCCGACGACGUUUGUCUACGCAAAUACCGGAAUCCGAUGACCCGGUUGACAUCGAAGGUGUUUCUCCUAUUGAUAUAGGAUCUCCUUCUAUUGACAAAUCAAAGACUAGUAAACGAACCCGUGACGCUUUAUCCGAUUACGAGCAAUCAGAUAACGAAUCCCCUGUUAGAAAAUCCAGUCGAAAAGGCAAAGGUUACAAGUCAAAAGGAAAGAAAACCGCAGCCACCAACGCAGCUGGUUCCUCCACUUCUCCGAUAUUUGUUGAAGACACAGAAAUUGGUUCCUCAAAGGGCGUUAAAGAUCCCACAAAAAAAAUUAAACCUGUAACGAGACGCGCACGUUCACCUGAAAUCUCGCAAGAUGAUCUGCCUGAGGAUUCCCGGCGUAAUAUUGAGCGUUUCAACUUUGAUGGCCCACCCGAUGAAAAGGAACGGGAAUAUCAAGAAGCACAAGAUCAUAUGAAAUCAUUAGGUAAUCAAUAUCGUGAGUUGAGCAAGGAAAACGAAGAAAUGGAUAAAAAGAUCCACAAGAAAAAAAUAGAUCGACGACGUGCUCGCAAUGCUGAAUUAACUCAAAAUCGAAAGAAAGCUGCCAAGUCUGAUGAUGACGUUCACGAGGAUGAAGAAAUUCAUGAACGCGAAGAUGAACAAACUGAAUACUCGAACGAACAAUAA